UCCAAAACCAUGCCUUCUCCAGCUGAUUUAGUUGCGUUGGGCUUAUUAUUAUGUUUCCUGGUCUUGGUGGUCGGACCAGAUGGAACACAUGGCUCGAGCCGUGGUUCGUUUGGUCCAAACAAUGGUGCAGCUGCACCUGUAAGCAAUGGGAUAUGUGCCACCUCGGUGACUAUCCAUGGUUACAAGUGUCAAGAACAUGAAGUGAACACAGAAGAUGGAUAUAUUCUGAACAUGCAAAGAAUCCCAGAGGGACGUGUAGGCUGGAGUAGUGGUGGUGGAAACAAGAAGCAGCCAGUUCUUAUACAGCAUGGUGUCCUUGUGGAUGGGAUGACUUGGCUCUUGAAUUCACCAGAACAAAACCUGCCCAUGAUUUUGGCUGAUAAUGGCUUUGAUGUCUGGAUUGCCAACACCAGAGGCACCAGAUUCUGCAGGCACCAUGUUUCCCUUGACCCUCUCCACCCGAAAUUCUGGGACUGGUCGUGGGAUGAACUGGUGACUUAUGAUCUACCAGCUGUUUUCGGCUUUGUGUUCAAUCAAACAGGCCAGAAGAUUCAUUACAUCGGCCAUUCCCUGGGAACUCUUAUAGGCUUGGCAUCGUUCUCGGAGGGACAUCAGGCAGAUAAGCUGAAAUCUGCGGCUUUUUUAAGCCCAAUUGCAUACUUAAGCCAUAUGAAGACUGCGCUUGGUGUGCUUGCUGCAAGAGCCUUUGUUGGUGAGAUCACUACAUUGUUUGGAAUUGCAGAAUUCAAUCCGAAAGGACACGAGGCAUCAGGUUUUCUCAAAGCUUUGUGUGGUUAUCCUGGAGUUAACUGCUAUGAUCUUGUAUCUGCAAUUACUGGUAAAAAUUGCUGCCUCAACGCUUCCAUGGUUGAUAUUUUCUUAAAGAAUGAGCCUCAAUCAACAGCAACCAAGAACAUGGUGCACUUAGCUCAGACCGUUCGAGACGGGGUUAUUAAGAAGUACGACCACGGGAGACCAGACUAUAACCUGAUGCAUUACGGGCAACCGAGGCCGCCGGCUUACAACAUCUCCAACAUUGCUCGGGACCUUCCGGUAUUCAUCUGCUAUGGAGGGGAAGAUGCUCUGUCUGAUGUUUUGGAUGUGCAGCAGUUGCUUGAUCAUCUCAAGUUCCACGAUGUGAACAAGUUGUCGGUUCAGUACAUAAAGGAUUAUGCACAUGCGGAUUUCAUUAUGGGCAUAAAUGCCAAGGAUGUUGUGUACAAUCAAGUUGUUCAGUUCUUCAAAAAUCAGCAAUAAUAUCAAAAGAGUUAUC